AUGGCUCGAUCAGUGGCAAAAAGGCAAAUUCUGGAACCAUGGAAGAUCGCACUGAUUGUCUUGGCAGUGUUGGUGAUUCUUGCAAUAGUCAUUGGGUUGCUUGUAUAUUUUUUGGCGUAUGACCAAAAGAAGUUCUUCUACAAUGCUUCCUUUAGAAUCAAUAAUGUGCGCUAUCAGCCUAGCUUGGAAAAACAGACCUCAGACGAAUUUAGAGAGCUGAGCAUGACCAUUGAGACACUGAUCAACCAGGCAUUUCAAGGUCAUCGUUUUAAAAAAAGAAUGACUCAUUCCUAUGUUGUGAGGCUCAGCCCAGAUGAGGGGGCUGUGCUGGCAGACGUGGUGCUGGUCAUUCAGUUCCUUGCUUUGGACAGCCAGAAGGUGCGUUGGGAGAGUGUUAACAAUGCUCUGCUGAGAAGGCUGAGGGCACCAACGGGCGCCUUGAGUAUUGACCUGGCAUCUUACAGGCUUUCAGAGAUUCCUGCGGAGCGUGGUGGAAAUCUCAUCUACAGCUGCUGCGGGACACGAGUUGACAAAUCUGUAGAAAGGAUUUAUGGUGGAAACAUUGCGGAGGAAGGGGAGUGGCCAUGGCAUGCCAGCCUGCAGCUGAACGGCGUCCAUCGCUGUGGGGCAUCCCUGAUCGAUCACAGCUGGCUUGUGACUGCAGCUCAUUGCUUCAGAGGGUUCACGGAUGUCAAUAGCUGGACAACUAGCUUUGGGGCCCUGUUGAAGCCCCCCAAAAUGAAGAGGAGUAUUCGUCAGAUCAUUGUCCAUGAACACUAUGCAAAUAACGUCUUGAGCCACGAAUAUGACAUUGCCGUGGCACAGAUCUCGCCCCCUGUGCAGUUCACAUCUGAUGUGCACCGUGUCUGCCUUCCGGAGGCUGGACAAGUCUUCCCAGACAACACCACGUGCUUUGUCACGGGGUGGGGAGCUCUGAGGGAUGACGGUCCCAGUGUCCAUGAACUUCGUGAAACAAAAGUAAAGAUCAUAGGCAAUGAGAUUUGCAACAGAAGAGAAGUGUACAAUAACAUGAUUACACCUGGGAUGCUAUGUGCAGGAUAUCUGGAAGGAGGAAGUGAUGCUUGCCAAGGGGACUCUGGUGGCCCACUGGUGACUCCCGAUUCAAGAGACAGGUGGUACCUUGUUGGCAUCGUCAGCUGGGGGAAUGAAUGUGGCAAACCCAACAAGCCAGGAGUCUACACGCGGGUGACCCACUAUCGAGACUGGAUUGCUGCCCAUACAGGUGUCUGAAAUUGCAGGCGGAAUUCACUUUGCAAGCGGCAUUCGAGCCUGGAACUCUGAGACGCUUGGACUAUAAAUGUCAGUAGUUCUGUAGCUCUGGUUAAUUCCAGAGCAGACAUUGAUGUCUCUGCUGGAGAUAUCCACGUGAUUCUGUACAAUAUUAUGCACUGUUUUAUUUUCAGCUUUUUGUUUACAGGGAAGGGAACAGACUGAGGCAAUCCACUGCAAUUGGUAAAAAAUGUAGACU